CAAGGAAUUUUGCAAGUUAUUUCACGAUAUAAUUUAAUUUCGCAAGCUUGAAACCAAUUUGAUUUUUUAUUGUUUACCUUAAAGUUUAAAAUAUCGCUCAGUUCAAAAAAUUCAUAACAAUUUUCCUCGAACUCUUGUAUUUUGUAUAUGAAAUUUUGCUUAUAAGAAUUUUAAAAUAUUUCUUUCGACUUAAUUGGUUGGUUAAGACUGAAAACUAAUUUACAUAGCACAUAAAAGUCAAAUGCAAUGAGAUGCUUCCCAAGCCGUUUAAUAGCUAUGAUUUAGAUUUUCGCAAAAGGCAAAUCGACACGCUGAAGAUUUUUAAUGACAACUUAAUUGUAAGAUACAAUCACAUUUUCAUUGCUAUGUUAACAAGUGUACUGGAAAUAAUCGAAAACAAAGAAUAUCUCAUCAAAUUUGAAUCAGGAGGUCGUAUUUUCCACCUAAAAGUUCAACUGAGCCCGAACUUUCCUACCGAAAAACCUAAAAUAGAAAUAUCUCCACCAGUUCAACAUCAUUGGGUUAGUUCGAAUGGAUCUGACGUUGAAACUGCUCCUGGAUUGAUAAACUACUCUCAGCACUCCGAUUUAGGACGCGUUGUCCAGGCCACUAUAAGAGAAUUUGAAAAGCAUCCUCCUCCAUUUUUAUCAAUAAAUGAAGUUAGUCCAAAUGCGUGCGUAGUUAGCAGCAAAGAUGGUUCACCUUCACAUAAUUUCCAAAGAAGCAUAAAAAAGGAAUUUGAUCUCCCAAACUUAUCUAACAUGUCCUUGGAUGAACUUAAAAAGUUAGACGGUGAUCCAGAAUUCUUUGACGACUUUAUAGAAGAGAUGUCAGUUGUUCAACAUCUUAACGAAGAAUUGGAUUCAAUGAUCAACCAAGUUGAAAACAUAUCGAGAGAAAACAAAACAAAGGAAUCUCACUUAAGUGAACUUAAACUCAAGCUUAAUGAUGAUGUUACAGCCUUGAAAAGUCUCGGUCAAAAAUGUGAUCAACUAAACCUUAAGUAUUUAAAGAAAUCUGAAGAAUUUGCUCCGCAAUAUAUAAGAGAAGUUCUUCAGGUAGCUGCUUCCAAUUCAGAUACUGAUUGUGAAAAAAAUGUAGAACAGUUUUUAAAUGGAAAAAUUGACGUCCAAACAUUCCUUAAUAGUUACACAUGCUCGAAAAAGAUUAGCUCUGAGCGUAAAGCAAAAGAAGAACGUCUGGGACAUCAACUCAGUGCACUCGAAAGAGCUGGAAUCUAAAAGGCAAGCCAAUUCACUAAAUUAAACCGUUUCAAGUGUGAAAUAAUGCAUAAUAAUAUAGAUAAUACAUAAUAUGUUA